GCUAAUCAAAUUCAAAAAGAACCCCGUGGCCGGCGGGGGAACAUUCAAUGCUCCAAGCACAAUGUCGAAAACUAAAGCAAAUCUCUUGUGUUUUGACCCUGGUUUAUCGAGCAAGAGUGCGUUAAAUCGACGAUGAUUUUACUAAAGAAAGGCUACUUAACACCGUGCUAGACACCGAAGUAUGUUCAAUUAUAUUUCGAAAUGUUUUUCUCGCAUAUACAAGCGGGAUUCGAGAGAUGUCAAACUUCUCAUGUUAGGGAUUGAUAACGCUGGCAAAUCAACUAUUAUCAAUGAUAUGAAAGGAGAACCCAAAGAGUCGACAGUUCCAACAAUCGGGUUUUCCAGUGUGGAGUUCAAGUUAUUGAGUUUUAAAUUGCAUGACAGCUUAUGAUGUUGGUGGUGGACCUCGUAUCCGAGGAAUAUGGAAAGAUUAUUAUGCGGAGAUAUUUGGCGUUGUUUAUGUUGUUGAUGCAAGUGACCGUGAGAGAAUAGCAGAUUCCAGAACAGUUUUACGUGAAGCAUUAUCAGACUCAAGACUCUCUGGGAAACCUUUUGUUGUGUUUGCGAAUAAACAAGACAUUGAUGGAGCAAUGUCUGAACAAGAUAUUGAUAUGGAAUUUGAGUUAGAGCAGUUGGCAAAGAAAUGUGAAAGUCGUUAUAAAGUUUUCCAGUGUACAGCUUUACUGAAUGAGGGUCGAAAGAUUGACAGUCAGCUAAAGAAAGGUUUAAGAUGGUUGUUACAAACUAUGAAUGAGGAUUUUGCAUCUUUGAAGGAGCGAGUUGAGAAAGAUGUUGAGAUUCAGAAAGAGGCUGAGAAGAAGACGAGGGCUGAGCGCUUGGAAAGGGUUAGAAAAAAUCGGGAAGAAAGCCUUGAAACGGCAAGUUAAAACACUCCAAGGCACCAACGAAGCGAGGUAUGGUCAUAGGCUUCGUGUUGCGGGUGAAGAAAGGUUUAUGCGAACUGUGAUUCUCAUUACAGUUAUUGCCGUUGGGUGUCUCACUCCAGUUGCCAUCUACGGUCAGGUUGUUACCGAUCAGAUUUCGAAGACUGGGGUAAACUUUGUUUACGGUUCAUUGAUGACAUUGUUGUGUCUAAAUUUCGCCAUAAACCCUCUCAUCUAUUUCAUACGACUGAAAAACUAUCGCAAAACGAUAUUGCUUGUGUUUCGUUGUGGAAAUUAGGAGUUUCCUUUGUGGCGUUUUGCGAAGGAGAAAGUUUAUUCAUUGGUUCAAGGCGUAUUGAAAAUCUUCAUGCAAUCCUUGCAAUUUUUACUGUCUGGACUAACAGAAUGAGUUGUUUUAAUGUUGUGUAUGAUUCCACUCGAAAUUAAAACCUUUAAAAACGUUUAGAAUUUGCCUACAUCGAGUGAAGCGCCACAAAAUCGUAAUUGAUUACCCUAGCUCACUUAUACUCGGCAUUACCGCCUUAAAAUACACAUUAACACUAAAGUGAAGUGGAGUGAACAUGUAAGUAAUGUAUAGACCUACUCUGUUCUUAUCUUACAUUUGUAAUUUAUCUUGCAUAUACUAGUUGUAAGAUUUCUUAUUGAACAUACCGUGUUAAGCGCUAUUGAUCUGUCAUUGUUA